AUGGGGUGUUUAUCUUUUGGAAGCAUUAGCGAGGUGGUGGGGUGGAGCUUCUUCGAUAUUCAACUCGCUAACGCAUUGAUUGGGAUUGGCACAAGCGUAGCAGUACCCAUUGUCACGAUGGUUGGGCGGGAAAUUGGUUAUGAGCAGGGGAAAAUAGCAAGUUAUGUUUCACUCAUUAACGCUUUCCACGUGAUUGCUGAUAUUCCCUCGAGUUUGGUGGCGGAUUGCGUCGACCUGCGGCGCCUCAUGUCGUUUUCCGUAUUUGCCCAGGCGGCUGGUUGUAUGCCGGUUGUUCUGCUUGGGUGCACUAGUACGUCACUGGCCGCAUUUUGCGUAAUUAAUGGCUUUUCGACAGGUGCUUUCUUCCUUGCACGACACAUUUAUGUUGCAAGGAGGUUAAAUCCUGAUCACUGUGGAAUGGUCAUGGCAUUUCUUUCUGGUCUUUUGCGGCUGGCGCACAUGCUAGGGCCCAUAUUUUUAGGUGUAAUUGCCUCACUGUGGGGUGAUACUCGGUACUUUUUUUUCGUCCCAAUGGGGGCGUCCCUACUGGCGUGGUGUUGCAUCCAGUUUUCUCCCUACUGUUUACGUGUCGGUAGGAACGCGCCCCAAGGCCGCGCAGACGCUACCACUGCAACCCAGCUGGAAGAGGCAAAAAAACUCGACGAAGGUUCUGUUGGGGGAGAAACAGUUCCGAUCCUUCCAGGGGAUUCGUUGAUCAAGGGGCCAGUUCUGGAAGAGGGGCUCACAAGGCGUGUCGUGUCGUAUGGUGCUGUCAAUACUUUGAACACCGACAACGCGCAUAGUAACGUUGAGAGUGUGGUUUCAGAGGUUGGAAUCGCCUGCUCUCAUGAGUGUUGCAGUCUACAAAUUGAAGGCAGUAAGGGUGGCACCGCUCCCGCUACAUACUGUUCUGUCAUUAUGGAUCAGUGGAAUGUCAUAUGGCGGCUGGGCAUUUACGUCAUUCUGUUCGUGGCACUACGCGCGAAUCGAAAGCUGUUACUAACGUUUGCUGCCAUGAGAAUGGGCUUCACUGACGUUCAGCUGUCUUUUUUGCUCUCGCUGAGUUUUUCCUUUGAUGCCUUCCUCUUCCCUUUGGGCGGUAUUCUUCUUGACAACUGCAGUCGCCGUUUCGCGCGCCUGCCUGCCGUUCUGGGUCUUGGCAUUGCUUUCUUACUUCUGCCAUUACAACACUCCGGUCAGUGGCUCUACGUUAUGGCGGCAGUGUUUGGUGUAGUGGAUGCAUUGGGUUGUGGACUCAUCAUGACACUUGUGGCAGAUUACAGGCAUCAGUAUUUCGGUGGAUUGUUCUUUGGUAUCAUGCGGACGGUGCAGGACAUGGGUCAUGUGAUAAGCUCGGCAGCCGUGUCUCUCAUGAUUCACCGUUUCGACUUUGCAAUUUGCAGCAAUUUUUGGGGCGUGUUGGGCAUUUUUGCGGCGGUUUGGGGCUGGUACGGAGUCCCAAAUCCCACUCGCUGA